AAUCACCCAUCUCAAAACACAGAUGAAGAAUAUAUAUCCAUGCCACUAGGAUCUAUUGAACACGCUUUGAUAUUUUCUCAACAACGUCAAAUCAAAUUAUGCCAAAGAAAAAGAAAACCGGUGCCUCCGUUGGCCACAUUGAGGGGCCGGCUCCUAAAACAGCCAAGUCCCAUCACACCGGGCCGGCCUGUCUCAGCUCAGACGACCCCGCUGGCCUCUUCCAGAGCCUCAUCCACCCCAUGGGCCAGAAGGAGUUCUUCAGGGACGUCUGGGAGAAGAGGCCCCUCCACCUACAGCGGUCUGAUCCUGCCAAUUCUUCCUACUACCAGUCCCUGUUCCAGCUUUCAGACAUGAAGGCUUUGUGUGCUCAGGGUCUGGAAUACGGCACGGACCUCAACGUCUGCCGCUGUGUUGAAGGCAAAAAGAAGGUCAUGAACAAGGUGGGCCGUGUGAACCACAACGUCCUCAACAAAGACUUCCAUCAGAAGAAAGCCACCAUCCAGUUUCACCAGCCGCAGAGAUUCAAGGAUGAGCUGUGGAGAAUCCAGGAGAAGUUGGAGUGUUUCUUUGGUACUCUGGUCGGCUCUAACGUCUACAUGACGCCCCAGGAGUCCCAGGGCCUCCCGCCACACUACGACGAUGUCGAGGUAUUCAUUCUACAGCUGGAAGGGGAGAAGCGCUGGCGUCUUUACAGCCCCACGGUGCCGCUGGCCCGCGAGUACGGCCUUGAGCCCGAGCACCGCAUCGGGACUCCCACACAUGACAUCAUACUCAAGGCGGGUGACCUCCUCUACUUCCCCAGAGGAACCAUCCAUCAAGCAGAAACCCCAGCAGGAGUAGACCACUCCACCCACCUGACCCUCAGCACCUACCAGAACAUGUCAUGGGGUAACCUGCUGUUGGAUGUGUUUCCCAGCAUGCUGUUUGACACGAUGCAGAGUGAUAUAAGCCUGCGACAGGGCAUGCCCAGAAGGCAUUUAUUGGGCAGCGGGGGCGACCUGGACGCCGGCAAGCGGAUGGCAGACAUGCUGAGGGGACUGGGGGACCGUUUGGAGAGUGGAGCCGUUGCACCGAACUCAACUGAAAUGAGGCGGGACUUUGUCACUAGCAGACUGCCCCCAUACACCCAGAACGAGGAGGACAUAGCACCCUCGGGGAAGAUUCCAGCACUGAAGGAUUCGGUACGUCUGAGAUUUAGAGACCACAUCGUCAUUACAGUGGAGCCCAACCAGGAAAGAACAGACGAGGCAACAGAAUUGGUAGUCUUUGUUUUGCAUUCCUUGCGGAACCAAAGAGAGGUCCACAUGAUCGGUAAAUCUGACCCAGAGGAGGAGGAUGAAGUCUCUCAGGGUCUGCGUUUCCCUGUGUCCCACCUCAAGGCCCUCAGGCAGCUCCAGGAGGUAGAGGAGCUAACCGUAGCUGAACUGGAGCUUCCAUCAGAUGAGGCCAAAGUCAAUAUGGCUCUGGCCCUCUGGACAGAGAGUUUGCUGGAAGUGUGCGAGACCACCAUUUGAAAUGUAAACAAAUGGAAUAAACUCAUUGUCUAUUUUAAAGAAUACAGAGACACAGACCAUUUGACCUUUUCGUUUUUUUGUGAGUUUUAUUUUUUUUGUGGGUUAGGUCGACAGUCCCUGGUUCUGGUGGCCUGUCCCCGGCUGGAGCUUUCCUUGUAAAUCUCUGUUUGAAAAUAGGAAUUUACAAAAUAUAUGAAUGGAUUUUAAAAUGGCAUAGGUUCUAGCCUGCUCAUGAAUAUUAAUAUGUUGACACUUAGACAGUUGUUAAUUAUUCUCAUGGCUGUGACAAGUUCACUACAUGGUAAUCUAUCGACGUUAUACCAUAAGCAGGCAUUCAUAAUCAUCCUUCUGCUGUUUUUUGUCUCGUUUUCUAAGCUUAAUACACAUUGCAAACCAUUGGGUGCGUACUGCUCAAUAUUCUACAUGUACAAGAUUCACAGAACAAUUGACAAAAUCGUAUUAGUCUUGAAACUCUUGUUCAUUUUCGAUUUCCAAUGGUGUCAUCAUCGUGCUCAGACUAAAAUGCCUCUGGAGCAAUUGGAUGGACCAUCAACUAAUCAGAGCAUCUCUGGAGCCAUUGGAUGGACCUACAACCAAUCAGAGCAACAAGACAAGACACAUCCAGUCAGCCAUCUUUGUUUAUUAAAAUGCCUGAUAUUUAUUUGGUUAAAUGAAUGCCAAACUAAAAACUAUUUUAAUAUGUGACUCAUGGGUAUGAUUUUCGAUUCCUUCCUUGUUUGUUCUAAUAGAUGCCACUCAAUUAAACAUACUUCACAUUUAAGUGCUGUUAUUCAACGU